CACACACACACCACAAACACCCAUAACUACUCAACUGACCAGUGAAACCAUUGAUGGCUCCAAUGCCAGAAAACCCUUGCAUGGCAGAGAAGAAAAGCCCCUUGGAAGAAGACAAAAAGAUGAAAGCUAAGAAAAACAAGGGUCAAACAUGGGCUAAGGAGGGACCACGGGACCCUUUUGAAAUGCUUGACUCUCUUCCUGAAAAGAAGCAACAGGAGAUUCAGAAAGCCCUGCACCUUUUUUCUCUGGGAAAUGGGCCUCCAAAGACCCUUCAGGAGGCUCGUGGACACAAAUAUAACUUUUGGGAGACCCAGCCAGUCCCUAAAAUAGAUGAGGAAGUGACAUCACAAGGGGCGAUAGAAUCAGAGAGGUCGGGUGUUCGUGAGGCACCCUUUUCACUCCCACAGGGUUUCAUUUGGGACACCCUUAACCUGGACAAGCAGGACCAGGUGAGAGAACUCUGUGACUUCCUGAAUGAGAACUACAUAGAUGAAGAUGACAACACACUUCGCUUCCAUUACUCUCCGCAGUUCUUGCUCUGGGCUCUUUGCCCUCCUGGUUGGCAGUCACAAUGGCAUUGUGGAGUCCGGGUAAACUCAAGUCAAAAACUAGUGGGAUUUAUAUGUGCUGUUCCAUCCACUGUUCAAAUAUUUGACAUAGAGAUGAAGAUGGUGGAAGUAAACAUCCUGUGUGUGCACAAAAAGCUUCGAUUUAAGAGAGUAGCACCAGUCCUGAUCAAGGAGAUCACCAGACGGGUUCAUAAACAGGGUAUAUUUCAAGCAAUCUACAGCACCAGUGCAGUUCUGCCAAAGCCCAUUGCAAGCUCCAGGUCCUGGCACAGAUCUCUGAACCCACGCAAGCUGAUUGAGCUAAAUUUCUCAUCUCUGACAAAUAAAAUGACCCUGCAACGUGCCAUCAAGUUAAACCGGCUUCCUGAGGUCAGAACACCCUUCUUAUUUAGUUUUUCCUCAAAAGAAAUAAAGUCUUACAGGUGUGAAAUAAGGAAAACAAAAACCGCAGGCCUACGCCCCAUGAUCGAACAGGAUGUACUCAUGGUUCGUGAUCUUCUGAGAGAACAUCUAAAAGCUUUUCAUCUCUCUCCUGUUCUGACUCAGGAGGAUGUUCAACACUGGCUCUUGCCUCAAGACUCUGUAGUUGAUACAUACGUUGUAGAGAGCAUAAAUGGUCGCAUUACUGACAUGGUUAGUUUCUACACACAACCCUCAUCGGUUCUGAACCACCCUGUGCAUAAAAGCCUGAAGGCAGCUUGUGCACUCUACUGUAUCAGCAGGGCCACCCCACUCCAGCAGCUAAUGGAGGAUAUUCUUAUCAUCUGUAAAGCAAAGGGGUACGAUGUGUUCUCUGCAAUGGAUAUAAUGGACAAUAACACAUUUUUGGAGGCACUCAAAUUCAGAAUAGGGGAUGUGUGCAAACAGUAUUACCUCUACAACUGGAGAUGUCCUGACAUAGCCACAGACAAGGUGGCCAUUGUGCUGAAGUAAUGCUGUUUUUAUGCCAAAUCCACGCCGAUGAAACCUACUGCCGCCAGAGGUCGCUUCCCCCCCAAUAAAAGUCAACAUAUAACCCUUCUCUAACAAGGUUGUUCGAGUUUAUAUAAACAAGAUACAUAGCCUUAUUUAAUUGUAUUGAUAAGUAUAAGGCUUUUUCUGUAACCGUGAUCAUUUAAUUGUAUAAUGCUUUUUUCUUUGAUUUUUAUGAGCCUUGCACUUUGGUUUGAACAUAUUACAGUUUGGGCUUUGUUACAGACUCUGUUAUUCUGAUGAAAUUGAAUUUGGUGAAAACAUUUUUACAAACGGAUCCAACUGAUUCUAAUAUUAAAUUUAGUUCUAGAUUUGCCUGA